GGCCGGGACUUGACGGGCUCGGGGCCACCAAUGCUAUCUCUAGCUUGGUCCCAAACUGUUUGCUUUUCCUCCCUCAGCUCCAGGGAAGCUGCUGGGUCUGGAGCCCUGAGGGUAGGUAACCCCUGUCCUACAAGUAUGAACAGGAAGUGAUGGGAACCAUGUUCCUCCUGAGCUGUUCUCUGAGGAAAGAGUUGAUCUCCACACCCAGACUCCUUCUCACCCAACUAAAGAGCUGGGAGAGCCCCUAUCCCCACAUGCCAACCCACUGGCCUCAUCUCUGGCCACCCAGCUCCAGGGGUGGAGGCAGCCUAGGCACAGCUUUGAAGGGCUGUUUUAUGUGAAAGCCACUCCCCUGCAAGGUUGUGAUGGAGCCUGAGGUACUUUUCUGAGAUUGCCCAGGGCUCCAGUUCAGACUGGGCAUUCCUGUCAUACUGGCACUGGGGAGGUUGCGAAAGGACCCACGACGACAUGAUGCGCAGCCCCACUGUUCACUGCUGUUUUGGCGGGCCACGGUCUGCUGACCUGCUCAGCCCAUGGCAGCAAAUUCUCCUAAAAGCCCUCCUCCAAGUUAGGGCUGGUUGGGACAGUGGACUUCAGGGAGACUGUGGCUAGCUCCAGGAGGUGUCACUGACUCCAGCAUUGGCUUAAGGUGUCUCACUUCCUGGGCAGGUGGCUGGGUCAGCAGUGGGUGUGGGGCUUGGGUGGAGCGGAGGACUCUGUGGGAGGGAUUUGAGAGGAAUGUGUGGGCAGUUGGCUCACCUUGGCUCUGGGUUUAAAGCCGACAGUUGUUGGUCCCGUGGCCACUGCCCCAUCAUUCCUGUUCCUGUGGACUUGGUCUCAUGGCUCUGGUAAGGCUCCAUAGGGCACUGGGCUCCCAUUUCAUUCCAGGACCUGGUGGCUGUGGUUUCUAAGAGGAGCUGUGGGCUUCUCUAAGCAGAGGGAGGGAUGCUUUUCAGCUUCCGGACCAGACAGAGUGGAAGCCAGGGGCAAGGCCAGAACUGGGAUGGAGGUCUGUCCUGGGAAUGGGUUCCAGGCAGAAAUUCCGGGAUUUGGACCCUGGGAACUCUGAGGAUCUUAUCCACUGUCCUGGGGGCUUAGAAAAAAGUAGCUGCUCCAUGCCUCUGACUCGGUUACUUGGCAUGUGGGAACUUCCUUAGCUUUGCUCCUGACCACGGAGCUCCCUGAACUUGACCAUUGGCACCUUUCCAGAGAUAUGGCUGAAGACCAAAAGGAAGGACCAGGUGGCACAGGCUUCCUCUGCCCUGGCACUCUGGCAAGUGUGGCGGGGACAUGCCUGCUCACUGUUCGUGUCCUCCAGGCUAAUGGCUUGCCUUCCAAGGACCUAGUGACAGCCUCUGACUGCUAUGUGACUCUGGAUCUGCCCACGGCCUCCAGCCACACGCUCCAGACACGCACAGUCAAGAACAGCAGAAACCCAGUCUGGAAUCAGAACUUCCACUUCCGGAUCCACAGGCAGCUCAAGAAUGUUAUGGAACUGAAAGUUUUUGACCAGGACCGGUUGACCAAAGAUGACCCUAUGCUGUCAGUACUGUUUGACGUAGGGACUCUGCGAGCCGGGGAAUCUCGACGCCAGAGUUUCUCACUGAACACUCAGGACGACGGGCACCUGGAAGUUGAAUUUCGGCUGCAGACUCUGACAGGCUGUGAGGAAGAGCUCAUCAGCAAUGGCAUCUUAGUGGCUCGGGAGCUCUCCUGUUUGCAUGUUCAACUAAAGAAGACAGGAGACCCAAAGGGGUCAGAGAGCAGAGUUCAACUUGUGGUUGCUGGGGCCUGUGAGGGCCCACAGGAUGCUUCUGUGGGCACCAGUUCUUACCGCUUCCAUUAUCCAGCCUGCUGGGAGCGAGACCUGAGUGUUCAUCUUCAGGAUGACCCCCAGGAGCAGCUGAAGGUACCACUACGCGCCCUACCCUCUUCAGAGUUGGUGCGACUCGUCUUCCCCACGUCCCAGGAGCCACUGAUGAGGCUGGAACUGAAGAAGGAAGAAGGACCAAAGGAGCUGGCUGUGCGGCUGGACUGUGGGCUCUGCCCUGAGGAGCAGGCCUUUCUAAGCAGGAGGAAGCAGGUGGUGGCCGCUGCCCUGAAAAAGGCCUUACAGCUGGACCAAGACCUGCAAGACGACGAGAUCCCCGUGAUUGCUGUUAUGGCCACUGGUGGUGGGAUCCGGGCCAUGACUUCUUUAUAUGGUCAGCUGGCUGGCCUGAGGGAGCUUGGUCUCCUGGACUGCAUCUCCUACAUCACUGGGGCUUCAGGAUCCACCUGGGCAUUGGCCAACCUCUAUGAGGACCCAGAGUGGUCUCAGAAGGACCUGACGGGGCCUACCGAGUUGCUGAAGACCCAGGUGACAAAGAGCAAGCUGGGCGCAUUGGCCCCCAGCCAGCUGUGGAGGUACCGGCAGGAGCUGGCUGAGCGUGCCUGCCUGGGCUACCCGAGCUGCUUCACCAACUUGUGGGCCCUCAUCAAUGAGGCCUUGCUGCAUGAUAAGCCUCAUGAACACAAACUCUCAGAUCAACGGGAGGCCCUGAGUCGAGGCCAGAACCCUCUGCCUAUCUACUGUGCCCUCAACAGCAAGGAGCGGGGCAUGACCACCUUUGAAUUUGGGGAAUGGUGUGAGUUCUCUCCCUAUGAAGUCGGCUUUCCCAAGUAUGGGGCCUUCAUCCCCUCUGAGCUCUUCGGCUCCGAGUUCUUCAUGGGGCGGCUGGUGAAGCAGCUCCCCGAGUCCCGAAUCUGCUUCCUGGAAGGUAUCUGGAGCAACCUGUUUGCAGCCAGCCUCCAAGACAGCUUGUACUGGGCCUCGGAACCCAGCCAGUUCUGGGACCGCUGGGCUCAGGAUCAGGCCAGCCUGGACAAAGAGCAGGUCCCCCAUCUGAAGAUUGCAGAACCACCAACGACCAGUAGCAGGAUUGCCGAGUUCUUCACUGACCUCCUGACAAAGCGGCCACUUGCCCAGGCCACCCACAAUUUCAUGCGCGGCCUCCAUUUCCACAAGGACUAUUUCGAUCACCCUUGCUUUUCUACCUGGAAAGCAACCAAACUGGAUGGGUUCCCCAACCAGCUGACACCCACGGAGCCCCAUCUCUGCCUCCUGGAUGUCGGUUACUUCAUCAACACUAGCUGCCCACCCCUUCUGCAGCCAACACGGGAUGUGGACCUCAUCUUGUCACUGGACUACAACCUUCAUGGAGCCUUCCAGCAGCUGCAGCUUUUGAGCCGGUUCUGCCAGGAGCAGGCCAUCCCUUUCCCACCCAUCUCGCCCAGCCCUGAGGAGCAGCGCCGGCCUCAGGAGUGCCACGUGUUCUGUGACCCGACCCAGCCCGAAGCCCCAGCUGUACUGCACUUCCCUCUGGUCAACGACUCCUUCCAGGACCACUCGGCCCCCGGGGUGCCGCGGACACCGGAGGAGAAGGCGGCUGGGCAGGUGAACCUGUCUCCUUCCGACUCCCCCUACCACUACACAAACGUGACCUACAGCCAGGAGGACGUGGACAAGCUGCUGCGCCUGACACAUUACAACAUCUGCAACAACCAGGACCGGCUGCGGGAGGCCCUGCGCCAGGCCGUGCAGCGGCGGAGACAGCGCAGGCCUGAGUGACAGCUGUGGCCUGGCGGGUUCCCACCUGGGGGCCUUUGACCCUCCACUCCCUCCCUGCUGCUCGGCGUCGAAGACCAGCACCACCACGUGCUCCAGAGCCUCUGGGGACUCUGAUGUCCAGGCACAACUCCACAAGAUAAUGUCUGGGAUCUCCAGAGGUGACACUAAGCCUGUCGGCAGCCCUCAGAGUCAGACUGUAACCUGAAGUAGAGCUGCUGGGGCCUAGCACUAGGAAUGACCUAGCUCACCCAUGGGACGGACUUGGGGCUCUUCAGAGGUUAGAGAUGGGGCCGUGCUGGUCGCAUGACAGGACACUGUGACAUGUUAUAGGGGCUCUUAUAAACGGGAGGUGCUUGGGUGGCGCUGUCCCAAGAUUAA